AUGCAGCAGCAGCGGCAGCAGCAGCAGCAGAGGCAGCCACGCACUCCCUGGUCUUACAUAAGCAGCACUCCCUCUGCUGCUGGGCCCCAUGCCUUCAAACCAGCAGCGCAACAGCAGAGUUACUACGAGCAGCAGGAACAGCUGCUGCUGCAGCAGAUACAGCAGCAGCAGCAGAAUCACAGGCAGGCCCAGCAGCAGCAGCAGCAACAACAACAGCAGCAGCAGCCGCUGCACCUGCAUGACAGGGAGGCUCAGCUGCAGCACCGGCUGCAGCAGGAGAUCUUGCAGCAGCAGCGGGUGCAGCAGCAGCGGGUUCAGCAGCAGCGGCAGCUGCAGCAGCAGCAGCAGCAGCAGCACCGAGUGAACACCAGCAGCAAAACUGAACGCCACGUCUCCGUGCAGCAAGCAGCAGGAUGGUGCUGCGUGGGCUAUGAGCUGCAGCAGCAGCUGCAGCAGCAGCGGCAGCUGCAGCAGCAACAUUGGUCACGCUAUGAACAGUCUUCACUGCAGCAGCAGCACCAGCACGAGCAGCAGCACCAGCAGCAGCAGCAGCAGCAGCACCACCACCACCACCAUCAGCAGCAGCAGCAGCAGCAGCACUUCGAGCAGCACCACCACCAGCACUUGUCGUAUAAUGGCGCCCAACGGGUGACAGUCAACAGCAGCAGCAGCAGCAGCAGCAAGUCUGUGUGGGCUGACUCCCGGCAGCUGCAGCAGCAGCAGAGGGAAUUAAUAGUUGUGGAGGAUGAAGACGUCGAUGUGCAGUACAUACACUGCGUAGGUUCCAGCAGCAGCAGCAGCAGCAGAAACGGAAGCAGCAGCAGCAGCAGCAGGAGAAACAGAAGCAGCAGCAGCAGCAGUAGUAGUAGUAGUAGUAGCAGCAGCAGCAGUAGCAGCAGCAGCAGCCGAUAUAGUGGUGAAAGGAAGCAGCGCUUGGCAGCAAGGACACCAUGGGCAAGCAGCAGGGCGAGCAGCAACGGCAGCAGCAGCAGCCACAGCAGCAGCAGCCACAGCAGCAGCAGCCACAGCAGCAGCAGCCACAGCCACCAGAGCGCCUCGCCCGCUCCAUCUUCGAUCGAGAGCCCCCACUACUCUUCUUUUAGAGGCAGCAAGCACCAGCAGCAGCAGCAGCAUUCCUCGCCUCCUCUAGAAGCUGACAGAGGGGGGAGCCUUCGACGCAGCAAGAGCAGCAGCAGCAGCAGCAGCAGCAGCAGCAGCAGCAGCAGCAGCAGUAGGGGCGACAGCAGUAAGAAUGAUGUUCGAAGCAAGAGGAGGAGGAGGAGCAGUAGCAACAACAACAGCAGCAACAGCAGCAGCAGCAGCAGCAGCAGCAGCAACAGCAACAGCAGCAGCAGUAGCAACAGCAGCAACAGCAACAGCAGCAGCAGCAGCAGCAGUGCCCCCCUAUUUGAAUUGGAGGUGGAAGGAGAUCCGUCACUUGAGGCUCUGCUGCAGCCCACAGCAGAAGACAGUCAGCAGCAGCAGCAGCAGCAGCACAGCAGGCAACAGCAGGGUAGGAGGCCUGGCCGCCAUUGCCAGGACGGAGCAGCAGCUUCUGAUGCAGCAGCAGCAGCAGCAGGGGAAGCUGUUAUGAGCGGCUGCAGCACGCUGAACUUUGCUGCAGGUAGGGCUGCAGCAGUAGCAGGAGCUGCUGCAGCAGGAGGUGCUGCAUUUGCUGCUGGCUUUGAUUUGCUGCUGCGGCGGCUGUCACGGAAACUACAGGUAGACGGGGUGCUGCAGCAGCAGCAGCAGCAGCAGCAGGUUCAACCAUUAGCAGCAACAGCGGCAGCAGCGGACAGUAGCGACGAAGACCAGUGUGCGGAACACAACAGCAGCAGCAGCAGCAGCAGCAAAGGAGCUGAGUCAUUUGUGUUCUGCAUAGACCGGAGGGUGCUGCAUGCAGCCCUGAAGCAGCAGCAGCUGCAGCAGCUGCAGCAGCAGCGCAGCAGCUGCUUCUUUCCACAGCUCGCUCCAAGGAGGCACGUGGGAAUAGACAGAUAUUUUGCUGCUGAUCUGAGGGAAGAGGCAGACGGACGCAUGCGAGCUGCUGCAGCUGCUGCUGCUGCUGGCAGCCCACAAAUGCUGCCACACGAACGCGUGCAGCAGCAGCAAGACCAGCAGCAGCAGGAGGAGGAGCAGCAGGAAGAGCAGCAGGAGCAACAGCAGCAGCAACAGGAGGAGCAGCAGGAGCAACAGCAGCAGCAAGAGCAGCAGCAGCAGCAGCAGCAGCAGCAGCAGGUGGAGACGGCGACAGAUGAAAGACCCAAAGGAAUUUAUUCGCUGGAGCUCGCGGACUUCGUUCGCUUCUUGCCCCUCUGGCCGCACAGCCAGCAGCAGCAGCAGCAGCAAGAACAGCAGCAGCAGCAGCAAGAACAGCAGCAGCAGCAGCAAGAGGAGCAGCAGCAGCAAGAGGAGGAGCAACAGCAAGAGGAGGAGCAACAGCAAGAGCAGGAGCAGCAGCAAGAGCAGCGGGAGCAGCAAGAGCAGCCGCAGCAGCAGGAGCAGCUCCAGCAGGAAGAGCAGGGACAGCAAGAGCAGCAGCAACACCAACAAGAGCAGCAGCAGCAGCAGCAGCAGCAGGAGGCAAAGUUGGAGUCAACCCAAGAGCAGUUGCUGCAGUCGCAUCUAUUUCUUGCUGCUUUGCAUCUGUCUCCUCUUUCUAUUUGUUCAUUUUGUGCUGCUGUCAACUGCCCCCGAACAAAAAGCAAUAAAAACCCCUGCCCCAGGGCCUUCUGUCCCCGCUGCGGUGCUGCGGGGUCUCCUUUCUCGCAUCGCUGCGACUUCCGCUCGGGCGGCCGCCUCACUCUGCUGCGCCGCCUUUGGGAUGCUCGUUAUGCCCCUACGCUUCGAGACAACCGUGUGGAGUGUCUGUGCUGCGGCGGCCGCUACCAUUGGCUGUGCGGCCCUCCGCUGCACCGCAUUGGGCUGCACUCUCUACCUGUGCGCCGCGACCCUCGUUGUGGGGAGAUGACUGCAGAGGGUCUUCCGGCUGUAUGGACAGCUCAGCGGCUGAAGUCGUUUGAUAAAGGAGUGCAAAUGAAGAAGAGACAGAAAGUAAACAGAGAUGAGAGAGACAGAGACAGUCUGCUGCUGCUGCACAGCCAGCACCCCAUGCAACACCACCACCACCACCACCUCCAGCAGCAGCAGCAGCAGCAGCACUAUCACCACUACCAGCAGCAGCACCACCAGCAGCAGCGGAGACACGAAUGGCAGCAGCAGCAGCAGCAGCAGCAGCCUUAUCCCUAUGGAGACCACUAUCUGCAGCAGCACAUGCAGCAGCAACGCAUGCACUGCCCUCCCCCGCCUCCGCUGCACCAGCAGCACCAGCAGCAUCAUCAGCAGCAGGAUUACCGCAUGCAGAUACCUCAUACGCAUAUGCCGUGGCCGCCUCCACCCCCAGCAGCAGCAGCAGCAGCAGCAGAUGACGACAACCAUCGGGGGCUGCUGCCUCUUUCUGCUGCUCCCGCUUCCUCCUUUCAUUGGUUUAACCAUUAA